CACUGAGACGGGGUAACCCAUGGUUACUGAGCUCAGAUCAGUUAAAGGGCCGAAAGCCUUCCCUCCUCACUGCUCUAUAAAAGAGACCCAGCCAAAGGACCCUACCAGCUUCUAGCGCUCAGCUUGGGCGAAGGUGUGGAAGCAAAACCUGAGACCUUGGGAGCAGAGCACACCAGCUGCAGAGGCAAGGCCAACAUGUCUCCUUCCUUCAAACUUCAAUGUCACUUCAUCCUGAUCUUCCUGGUGACUUUAAGAGGGGAGAGCCGGUACCUAGAGCUGCGGGAAGCCGUGGACCACGACCCGUUCCUGCUCUUCAGCUCCAACCUGAAGCGGGAGCUGGCGGAGGAACAGAUGUACCGCCGCGCUCUGCGGUGCCUGGACAUGCUGAGCCUCCAGGGCCAGUUCACCUUCACUGCCGACCGGCCACAGCUGCACUGCGCUGCCUUCUUCAUCAGCGAGCCGGAGGAGUUCAUCACCAUCCACUACGACCUGGUCUCCAUUGACUGUCAGGGUGGGGACUUCCUGAAGGUAUUUGAUGGUUGGAUUCUCAAGGGAGAAAAGUUCCCCAGUUCACAGGAUCAUCCUCUCCCCACAACUGAGCGGUAUAUAGAUUUCUGUGAGAGUGGUCUUAGCAGAAGGAGCAUCAGAUCUUCCCAGAAUGUGGCCAUGAUCUUCUUCCGGAUCCAUGAACCAGGAAAUGGAUUCACAGUAACCAUAACGACUAACCCCAACCUCUUUCCCUGCAAUGUCAUUUCCCAGACCCCAAAUGGAAGAUUCACUAUGGUAGUUCCACAUCAGCAUCGAAACUGCAGCUUCUCCAUAAUUUAUCCUGUGGUAAUCAAAAUAUCUGAUCUCACCCUGGGACACUUAAAUGGCCUGCAGUUAAAGAAACCCUCAGCAGGUUGUGGGGGGAAAGGAGACUUUGUGGAGCUGCUGGGAGGAACUGGAUUGGACCCUUCCAAGAUGACGCCUUUAGCUGAUCUCUGCUAUCCCUUUCAUGGACCUGCCCAAAUGAAAAUUGGCUGUGACAACACGGUGGUGCGCAUGGUUUCCAGCGGAAAACACAUAAAUCGUGUAACUUUUGAGUACCGUCAGUUGGAACCAUAUGAACUGGAAAACCCAAAUGGAAACAGUAUCCAGGAAGUCUGUUUGUCUGCUCUUUGAAUAACCAAUCCAAUGAUUUACAUGCUGCUAGCUAAGUGAGUUUUUAAAUGGCUAUUAUAUAUUAUUUUGAUAACCAGCUAGUUAAUAGCCUUUCAUACCAGUCAGUAUUCACAGCCUUGAGCCCACAUCUCUCCCUCUCUCUCUCUUUCUCUCUCUCUCUCUCUCUCUCUCUCUCUCUCUCUCACACACACACACGCAUGCAUUUGUUUUUGUACCUUGCUUCUUUUUCAUUUGUAAUAUAUAAAUGUCCACAUAGCAGAAAAUAAGCCCUCCUUUGGUAGAAAAACAGUUUUCUGUAAUCUUUUGGUAUGCUACAAACCUGAACUAGUAAGACAAAUGUAAAGCAAUGUGUAAUUUAAAAAUGUAUCUCAAGGGAAAACAUUACAAAGAAAUAAAAAUGGCGACAUUCAUUUCAGUUUUAUAACAGGAAACAAUUGACUAUGUAUACCAAAGUAGUUGCAUCUGUUUAUUUAUUUUCUGCUUAGUAUUCUGUUUAUAAUAGGUAAUAGUUGUAGUCAUUAUUUAUUGAUUUGCAGCAACUUGUUUUUAACAAAACUUUGUAGCAUGGAAAAAUUUUUUCCACUCAUAAAUACAAACAUGAAUAAAUAUAUUCAGAAUGUUG